CUGGACUGGCCGUGCUGGCUGAAGCCACAAACAUCAGCCGAGCAGGGACCGGGGAGAGGUGGGGAGGGUGGGGGUUAUAUAUACAUGCUUUGGAGCCCAUCCCCACUGUGCCGCGACAUGCUACAUCCCCUAUGCGUUCACCAGCCCACACACACUCCAGAAAACACAGCCGUCUUUAUUAUCAUAGAGACAGAGAGAGAUGACAGCGAGGAGAGACGCGUCCCAGCCGCUGAGCAGCUCUCGCCUCCAGGAGAGGGAGAGGAAGGGAGCGGCGGAGCGGGCGAAGGCUAACCCCGACUGGGUUUAUCUCUCCCCUCGACAGGAGCCGGAGAAAGGGCCGGCGUCCGCGGCGGGGAUCCAUGCCCAUGUGGUGGGGGCUGUCGCCGGCUCCGGCGCCGCGGAAGAGUCCUCUGACAGCGAGGCAGAGCAGGAAGGCCCGCAGAAACUCAUCCGGAAAGUGUCCACCUCAGGACAGAUCAGGAGCAAGACGAGUAUAAAGGAGGGGCUGCUGCUCAAACAGACCAGCUCGUUCCAGAGGUGGAAAAAACGUUACUUCAAACUGAGAGGCCGAACUCUCUACUACGCCAAAGAUGCCAAGUCCCUUAUCUUUGACGAGGUGGACCUAUCAGAUGCCAGCGUUGCAGAGUCCAGCACAAAGAAUGUCAACAACAGUUUCACAGUGAUCACUCCGUUCCGUAGGCUGAUCCUCUGCGCCGAGAACAGGAAAGAGAUGGAAGACUGGAUCAGUUCGCUGAAGUCCGUCCAGUCCAGAGAGCAUUACGAGACGGCACAGUUUAAUGUGGAACAUUUCUCAGGGAUGCACAACUGGUACGCCUGCUCCCAUGCACGGCCCACCUUUUGCAACGUCUGUAAAGAUAGCUUGUCUGGGGUCACGUCUCACGGCCUCUCCUGCGAAGUGUGCAAAUUCAAAGCCCACAAACGCUGUGCUGUCAGAGCCACUAACAACUGUAAAUGGACGACCCUGGCCUCCAUAGGAAAGGAUAUUAUUGAGGACGAGGAUGGGAUUGCAAUGCCUCACCAGUGGUUGGAAGGCAACCUGCCCGUCAGUGCCAAGUGUGCCGUGUGUGAUAAGACAUGUGGCAGCGUACUGAGACUGCAGGACUGGCGCUGCCUCUGGUGCAAAGCUAUGGUGCACACAGCCUGUAUGGACCUGUACCCUCGCAAGUGUCCUCUCGGUCAGUGCAAAGUCUCCAUCAUUCCCCCUACGGCGCUCAACAGCAUUGACUCCGACGGCUUCUGGAAGGCCACCUGUCCCCCGUCAUGUGCCAGUCCCCUCCUGGUCUUUGUCAACUCCAAAAGCGGCGACAACCAGGGAGUGAAAUUCCUGCGACGCUUCAAGCAGCUCCUCAACCCGGCUCAAGUCUUCGACCUGGUCAACGGAGGGCCGCACCUCGGUUUGCGCCUGUUCCAGAAGUUUGACAACUUCCGGAUCCUGGUGUGUGGAGGAGAUGGCAGUGUGGGCUGGGUCCUCUCAGAGAUCGACAAACUCAAUCUUCACAAACAGUGCCAGCUGGGGGUGUUGCCCUUGGGCACGGGCAACGAUCUGGCACGGGUGCUUGGCUGGGGCCCUUCGUGCGACGAUGACACCCAGCUGCCCCAGAUCCUGGAGAAGUUAGAGAGGGCCAGCACCAAGAUGCUGGACCGCUGGAGCAUCAUGACCUACGAGAUUAAGAUCCCUCCCAAACACAGCUGCCCCACCACGCCCGAGGGAGCCGACGACUGCCAGUUUCACAUUUCAGCCUACGAAGACUCAGUAGCUGCUCACCUCACAAAGAUCCUCAACUCUGAGCAGCACUCUGUGGUCAUCUCCUCCGCCAAGAUCCUGUGUGAAACAGUGAAAGAUUUUGUUGCCAAAGUUGGGAAAGCCUACGAGAAAAGCACAGAGAACGCCGAGGAGUGCGACACUAUGUCUCUCAAAUGUGCCAUCCUGAAUGAGAAACUGGACUCCCUCCUCCAGACCCUCAACGCAGAGUGCCCAGCUCUACCGUCGCUCCCCCACUCCACCCCUCCCAUCGUGGAGGAGGAGCAGGAGGAGGAGGAAGAGGAGGAGGAGGCCAGUGAGGAGAGCCUGACGGAGCUGAAGGAGAAGCUGGAGGAGGAGGAGACGGAGAAAGGAGGAGGAGGUGCUCCACACCAGCUGUUUAAGAGCAGGGAGCAGCUGAUGCUGCGGGCCAACAGUCUGAAGAAAGCAGUGCGACAGAUCAUAGAACAGGCUGAGAGAGUGGUGGACGAGCAGAACGCCCAUACGGACGACACCGAGCUGCCGUCUCCCCUGGAGUUCAGGAAGGACAGCGAGGAGGAGAACAGAGACAGUGAGAAGGAUGAAGACACCAAGGAGCUGGAAGCAGUGACAUCUGCUAAGAGUCCCUGUUCUCCCACGGAGAGGAGGGUGAGCCGCAGCACCCAGUCCUACGGCUCCUUCACCAUCACCCCCUUCACCACCAGCAAGGAGAACCUCCCAGUGCUCAACACACGCAUCAUCUGCCCCGGCUUGCGGGCAGGACUGGCUGCCUCCAUCGCUGGCAGCUCCAUCAUUAGCAAGAUGCUGCUGGCUAACAUCGACCCCUUUGGUGCCACGCCCUUCAUCGACCCCGACCUCGACUCGCUAGAGGGCUACAUGGAGAAGUGUGUGAUGAACAACUACUUCGGCAUCGGCCUGGACGCCAAGAUCUCCCUGGAGUUCAACAACAAGCGGGAGGAGCAUCCAGAGAAAUGCAGGAGUCGUACCAAAAACAUGAUGUGGUACGGUGUUUUGGGCACAAAGGAGCUCCUGCAGAGAACCUACAAGAACCUGGAGCAGAAGGUCCAGCUGGAGUGUGACGGCCAGUACAUCCCCCUGCCCAGCCUUCAGGGGAUCGCAGUGUUAAACAUUCCCAGCUACGCAGGCGGAACCAACUUCUGGGGCGGCACCAAGGAGGAUGAUAUCUUCUGCGCUCCAUCGUUUGAUGAUAAGAUCCUGGAAGUCGUGGCUGUGUUUGGGAGCAUGCAGAUGGCUGUGUCCAGAGUCAUCAAGCUGCAGCACCACCGCAUAGCACAGUGUCGAACAGUGAAGAUCACCAUCCUGGGUGAUGAGGGGGUUCCCAUCCAGGUGGACGGUGAGGCCUGGAUCCAGCCGCCAGGAGUCAUCAAGAUCCAGCACAAGAACAGAGCUCAGAUGCUCACCAGAGACCGGGCGUUUGAGAACACGUUGAAGUCGUGGGAGGACAAGUUGAAGUACGAUAAGCCUCCUCUGCGUCCUCACCUCUACCCUCAGCAGUCCGUGGAUCUGGCUACAGAGGACGAGGCCGCCCUGGUGCAGAUGUGCGCCCGCGCUGCAGAGGAGCUCAUUACAAGGAUAUGUGAGGCUGCGAAGACCAAUGGGCUUUUAGAGCAGGAGCUGGCUCAUGCUGUUAACGCCGCAUCUCACGCCAUCAACAAAACACAUCCUAAGUUCCCAGAGAGUCUGACCAGAAACACAGCUAUAGAGGUGGCCAGCACUGUCAAAGCUCUGUACAACGAGACCGAGUCUCUGCUGCUGGGCCGAGUCUCUCUGCAGCUGGACCCGCCGGAGGAGGAGCAGCUGUCCAGUGCUCUGCAGAGUUUGGAGUUGGAACUGGGCAAACUGGGAGAGAUCCCCUGGCUCUACCACAUACUGCAGCCCAAUGAUGAGGAGGACCACUCUCUGGGUUACGGCAAGAGGAACAGUCGCAGCAGCAUGUUUCGCAUAGUGCCCAAGUUCAAGAAGGAGAAGGCCGCCAAGAAGACGAGUCCUCAGUCAGUGGAAAGAUGGGGCACAGAGGAGGUGGGCGUCUGGCUGGAACAGCUGAGUCUGGGGGAGUACAGAGACACCUUCAUUCGACACGACAUCCGAGGCUCGGAGCUGCUGCACCUGGAGAGGAGGGACCUGAAGGAUCUGGGGAUAUCGAAAGUGGGUCAUAUGAAGAGAAUUCUCCAGGGAACUAAGGACUUGGCCAAGGCCUCUAUGGUUGACCUCUAACCCGGAAGCAGAAGCUACCAGAGAGGGGAAACAAACAUUCCCCUCACAUCAGUGGAGGAGUUUGGGAGCACCGAAGGCAGUGAAGGAGAAGAUAGGUAUUCAUGGAGAGCUGGAUUUGAUCCGUCUGCUGAGACAGCCUUUGUGAUGUUGUGACCAAGAAACGUUAGUGUGUUCGUUUGUGCUUUGGUGCCAAAAUGACAGACGAGACAGAAGCGGAUGGAGAUGCAAAAGGAAGUCAUGGAUCUUCACAAAACAACAAAAAAAGCCAUUUCUAAGUUAAUAACCAUUCAUAGCACACAAUCAGGUAUGCAACUAACCAUACUGUUGACAGUUGACUUGUUGUUUAAGUUGUGAUAACAAACUAGUAGCAAAACCAGGACUUCCAUGAGUGUGGGGUUUAGUUUCAGUUCAGUUGGGUCGUGUGAUGUUUGCUGGGUCUCCGCCUCACAUCACACAGCUGCAGAUGCAUUAGAGCAACCCUCGGGUUUCACGUAGCACUGCUGUUCAGUGGAGACAGAGGAGAUAAACGUGUGACAUCACAGUCUCUAGGUGGCAAUCUGGAAGGUGUGGUGGGAUACUGUCGCAUGCUAUGCUUGCUCAACUUUAGAUAUGUUUAAUUGCAUGAUUAGUGUCUUGAUUUUUUUGUGUGCAGAAUAACACUUGAACAAGUUUUACAUAAGUAUUACGAUGCCAUUUGUUACUACUGAAAGCAUCCUCUUUUUUUUUUGGGUCUAAAUCCAACUUAUUUUCUAGCUUUAAUUUAUUUUGUUUGCAUGAUAAAUGACGUGUCAAAGAUUUGUGUCAGGUGCCAUAUUUUCGGUCAUUUAGUGUAAAACGUGCUUUAUUGGUAGAAGUCAUAAGAAGUUUAAAAAAACAGCUGUUGAUGAGGUAUGAAUAUAUGGAAUUGAUAUCUGUAAGUUGACACGUUCUCUGUGGAUGUGAAAUCAGUACCAAAGUGAAUGUCUAAGAAAAUCAUUUGAUGACGUUGUUCAGGUCGCACCUCUUAAUUUAAUAGGCCAGUAGGUUGUAGUUUUUAAUUCCAUUUAAGGCGGGAAAGAAAUUAGCGUUAGUCACAGAGAACGUUGAAACGUUGGCCUGAAGCCGACUUUAUAAACUGUAGGGAGUCUUCUCUUUUUUUAAGGAACACUUAAAAGGCACUUUUUACUUCUUGCUUUAUGCAAGUGCAAAUCCUCAUAUCAUUACAUAGAAUUAA